AUGAUAGCAAGUCAUUCAUUAAUUGGUGCUAGCCUCUAUCCAGGAUUAUCAACACAAAUGUUAAAUUGUCUAGGCAUGUGUAAUUAUGCAUCAGGAGGAAAUGCUCAAGGAUAUAAUAUAAGCACACAUAUUAUACCUUACUGCACAGAUUUGAAUUCAGCAAUGGGUACAGUUAUUGGUCAACGUGCCGACACAGAGUUAUUAUAUUUAAACGAUAAUUUUACAGUUGCUUUUCAGUCAACGGCUCCUCAAGCCUGGAUUGGUUUAGGGGGAGCAACAACUAGCAGUGCACUUUGGUCUUUGUCAUGUCGCAUUGAUUUAUAUCUAAGACCAGAUGGUUUUUAUAAUUCUGCUCCUGUUUCAACAAUGAUGUCGCCAAUUAAUAUACCACAAAAUAUUCAGCAAACAAUUAACAUACCAGUGUCUGAUGCAAAUAACGAUAUUAUCAGUUGCCGUUGGGCAUCUGGCUUCGCUGAAUGUGGUGAUGCAUGCCCUCCAAGCUCGUUACCUGCAGGCACAAUUUUAUAUCCAAACUGCACCAUGGAAAUCACUGGAACAGUGCUUAAUGCUUAUUAUGCUAUCACAAUUAUGGUAAGGACCCUAGCCGAUGAGGAUGCAGAAAAUAAUAUUGUGCAAGAAAUUGUACCGAUCACGAUCCCACUGCAUGUUGUUAGUGCAUCAACAUGCACACUUGCUCCAGAGAUUAUCGGUGCUCCAGCUGCACUAUCGUGUACAAGCGUACAAGUUGGCGUUAUAUUUACAACGACGUUAAUUGCAAAAAAUAAUUGUCCAGUUACCGGCAGUAUCACAGAAAUAUCUACAUUAUCAUUAUCGGGCAUUAGUAAAAGUGCUCUUACAAACAGCAAUUCAUCGAUAUACUACAGAACUAUAACAUGGCAACCGACACUGGCUCAAAUUGGACCUCAACUUUUGUGUGCGAUAGCUGUUGACAGGUGA